GAGAUCUGACACUAUCGUAGGCGCUUUGGGGGGGGAUAGGGUUCUUCGCUAUCUCUCCAGAGUCGUAUAGGGGAACGAAAUGGAGAUCGUUCGGUCACAGAGGAAAGCUCUCCACUACGAUGCCGUAUCGACCCUCCCUCUCUACCGCUCCGCUCCACCGCUCGAAGUCAGACUCGAGGAUUUCGAGCUCUUUGCCAUGGAUCGCCUCCGCGUUCUUAAAGGGAUUUCUGAUGCUUUGUCCCGUGGAAAGAAGCCGGAAGAAAUGGGACAAGUGGUACGCGAUCUAUGGAAAGCAAAUAUGAGGCAUCCGGAGGCAUCUGAGGUUGUCAACAAGGAUAUUAUAUCCCACUUUGUUCUCCGUCUCGCGUAUUGCAGAACGGAGGACUUGAGAAAAUGGUUUCUUUCCAUGGAGACUGCCCUAUUUCGUUACCGUUUUCGGUUUGAAAGCGCUGAAGCUCAGAGAGCACUGAUGGCUGAAUUUGACCUUCCAUACAAAGCAGUUAGCAACGCAGAAUUUGAGAGUACGAAGGACAAAUUGAGCCAAGUUGCACGUUCCAUCGGUCUGCCGUUAUCAACUGCUGAUGCGGUAUUCUACAAGGUACCGUUUGAAGAAGUUCCAGAACUUGUAGCUGGUCGUAGAGUUUUUGUCCAUAAAGGGCAUGCAUACGUUGCCAUGAAUCAGGUGGUUUCCCUUGUUGCCACACAAUUCCGUAGUCAUCUAUCAAAGGCACUCAUUCUCACAAACAGAAAGUGGACAUCUACCAUCAGAGAACAAGAGAGCAAUCGGUUGGCUCCCAUUGUAGAAGCCCUAUGCACAAGCUACUUGGGUCCUGACUAUUCUGAGCCAAGAGAACUGGGUGAUAUAUCCAUAAAAGAGAUUGACCAAAUAGCUCAGAGUUCAUUUCCUCUAUGCAUGCGCCACCUGUUUGAAAAGCUAAGAGAGGAUCAUCACUUAAAGCAUGGAGGAAGGAUGCAGUUCGGCCUCUUUCUCAAGGGUAUUGGAUUAAAGCUGGAUGAUGCCCUUGCGUUUUGGAAAGCUGAGUUCUCCCAAAAGGUUGGUGCUGAAAGAUUUGACAAAGAAUAUGCAUACAGCAUUCGCCAUAAUUAUGGGAGAGAAGGGAAGAGAACCGAUUAUACUCCUUAUUCUUGUCAAAAGAUCAUCUCUUCAUCUCCCGGUGUAGGAGAUCAUCAUGGGUGCCCCUAUCGACAUUUCAGUGAAGAGAAUCUAAGAGCUGCCCUUGGUAAAAUGAGAUUAAAUAACAGGGCAGUUGAAGAUGUAAUGGACAAAGUGCGAAGUAGACAUUAUCAGUUGGCAUGCACCUUGACCUUUGAAGCUAUACAUGGUACAUCAUGUGAUGCUGGGAUUAACCAUCCAAAUCAAUACUUCACUGACAGCCAAAAGAACCUGCAAUCAAAGAACCAGUCUACAGUGCAAGAGAAUUUUCAGGCACACUUGUGACUGAAAGAGAUGCAGCCAUCUCCAGUUCAGGUAAGCAUCUUGGAGGAUACAGUCAUUUAUAUGCUCAUGUCCGUAACAAAACUUGUUCUGUUGUAUUGAGUGUUUAUGUAUAUAUGUAGGUAGGUGUGACUUUCGUGGACAAUUAUACAAUGAGAAUUGAUUAAGAUCUGCAUGGCAGUAUGCAAUUUUGUUGCGGUUUCUAACAUAUGUUCUUGUACUCAUUUUAAUAUCAAUGGAAUCUUCUGGGUUUA